GUAUUGGUCUGCUUAACUAUAACAGCCAGCUAUACACUGAUUACUCAGAUUUAUUUAAUCUCACUAUCACUCUCACUGCAAAAACAACACACUGCAACAAUUAAAUAAAUAAAUAAAUAAAAGUGGAAAAGAAGAAAAGCCCAGAUUUAUAAUCACAAUCUAGAGAGAGAAACAAGCAGACUAUGAAACCUUCUAUCUCCGAAUUUCUCUCUCUAAAACCACCGUCUCGUUCUCAGAGCAGCUGCACUUUCUCUCCGACUCUCGCUCGGAGGAGCACUUGGAUGUGAGUGGUUUCGACAUCGGUUAGAUCGGCCAUGGCGGAGGUUUCCGGCGAGGGGGGAGCAGAGGCGACGGUGGCCACGCCGGUGCUGCCGUUGGCGGUGUCUGGAUCGUUCAAGGAAGGGAAGAGCUCGUCGCGGAGGCGCGCGCAUUCGAUGAGGCCGAGCCUCGACGCGGACGAGUUCAUGAACCUGUUGCACGGUUCGGAUCCGGUGAAGGUGGAGCUCAAUCGGUUGGAGAAUGAAGUGAGAGAUAAGGACAGAGAAUUAUCAGAAGCGCAGGCGGAGAUCAAAGCCUUGAGGCUCUCCGAACGACUCAGAGAAAAGGCCGUUGAAGAGCUUACUGAAGAAUUGUCAAGGGUUGAGGGGAAGCUGAAGUUAACAGAAUCUCUUCUAGAAAGCAAAAAUCUUGAAAUAAAGAAAAUUAAUGAUGAAAAGAAAGCAUCGAUGGCAGCUCAGUUUGCAGCUGAAGCCACUCUUCGAAGGGUCCAUGCUGCUCAGAAGGAUGAUGACAUGCCUCCUAUAGAGGCCAUUCUUGCUCCUCUGGAGGCUGAACUUAAGCUUGCGCGGCAAGAGAUAGCAAAACUUCAAGAUGAUAACAAAGCUUUAGACCGUCUCACCAAAUCUAAAGAAGCAGCACUUAUUGAAGCUGAGAAGACUGUACAGAUUGCCUUGGCUAAGGCCUCCAUGGUGGAUGAUCUCCAAAAUAAAAAUCAAGAGCUAAUUAAACAGAUUGAGAUUUGCCAGGAAGAAAAUAAAAUUUUGGACAAAAUGCAUAGACUGAAGGUGGCAGAGGUUGAAAAGCUUACCCAAACCGUGAGAGAACUAGAAGAGGCUGUCCUUGCAGGUGGUGCAGCUGCAAAUGCUGUGAGAGAUUAUCAACGGAAAUUUCAAGAAAUGAAUGAAGAAAGAAAAACUCUUGACCGGGAGUUAGCUCGUGCCAAGGUAACAGCAAACAGAGUAGCUGUAGUGGUUGCAAAUGAAUGGAAAGAUGCUAAUGACAAAGUGAUGCCUGUGAAACAAUGGCUUGAAGAACGACGAUUCUUGCAGGGAGAGAUGCAGCAACUUCGGGACAAGCUUGCUAUAACUGAGCGAACUGCAAAGUCUGAAGCACAGUUAAAAGAAAAAUAUCAAUUAAGGCUUAAAGUGCUACAGGAGAGUUUGAGAGAAACUUCUAACAGUAUUAAUCGCGGCACCUCAGAGGGAAGAUGUGUUAGCAAUGGGCCUUCUCGACGUCAAUCCCUAGGUGGAGCUGAUAACAUCUCAAAACUAACAUCUAAUGGGUUUUUGAAGAGAUCACCGUCCACUCAAAUUAGGUCUUCUGUGUCUUCAAGCACAGUUUUGAAGCAUGCUAAAGGCACAUCUAAAUCAUUUGAUGGUGGUACAAGGUCAUUAGAAAGGAGUAAAAUUCUUCUAAAUGGAAAACCUCCAAGUUACUCAUUCAACCAGUCUUCCGAAGGAACCAAAGUCAGGGAAGAAAAAGAUAAAUGGAAAGGAAAUUCAGAUGAUAAACCAAAUGACUUCCCAACAGUGGAUACAGACGAUAGUGUUCCAGGAGUUUUGUAUGAUUUGCUGCAGAAAGAGGUCUUAGCCUUGAGGAAAGUUGGUCAUGAGAAAGAUCAAAGCCUAAAAGAUAAAGAUGAUGCCAUUGAAAUGCUGGCAAAGAAAGUAGAUACAUUGACCAAAGCCAUGGAAGUUGAGGCAAAGAAGAUGAGAAGAGAAGUAGCUUCCAUGGAGAAGGAGGUAGCUGCAAUGCGUGUUGAAAAAGAACAAGACACAAGAGCAAAGCGUUUCAGUAAUGUAAAGGGCCCUGUGAACAGUGCUCAGCAUCAGCUUGUUUCUGGAAGAAAUGUGGCACGGGGAGGAUUAACACGCAGCACGCAAUGACAAUCGUCUCUUGAAGAGGCACUAAGGAGUGGGUUUUCAUAGCAUCGUUCUUCUGCCCUUCUUUGUUUACUUUAUUUUUUCUUUUGUCUUUUCCCCCCCAAUUGAUUAUAAGAUUGUAACUGGCAUUCCGACAACCAUUAUUUAUGUUAUUGGCCAUGGAUUGAUGGUGAGAAGAGCGUUUAAGGAAUCGGUAUGCGCCUGACAGACUUUGUAUUUCCUGCUUAGAGAGAGAUCGGCUAAGAAGCCAGGCAAAGGAAGAAAAUUAACUUGGAGCUAACCUUCAGCUUUUCUUUGAGUGGCUGUGUGGUUGUAUAGGUAGCCGCUUUAUAUCCCCCCUUUCUCCUUUUUGCAGUUGAUAUUUGUAAUACGCAGAUAGUGUGAUUGUGUCCUCUCAUCUCAGGUUUGUUAAUAUCUUUGUAAUCAGAUCAAGAUCUAAACUUAUUUGGUUGUGUUAUACAUUAAUAGUUUCGAGUUGAUUUAUAUGUUCA